AUGCCCCGAAGAGCACCGAGGCUCCUAGAACGCAUCGACAAUGAAAAGUUUCCAGAUUGGCUUGGGAAGCAUGUGGACCAUGUUGGGAAUGAUCAAGUUCCGAAAGAAGUUAGAAGCUUGGCUCGGGGCCCUAACACUGUUGCAAGAAGAUUUAAAGGAUACAUCAUUAAUGGUUUCAGGUUUCAUACAAGAGACCGUGAGAGAGACUUGAAAACACAGAAUAGUGGAGUUGUAGUGACGACAAAGACAUCAAGCUUCGCAAGUACAAGUGAUAGAAACCCUGUUAUAGGGGAUGUGGAUUACUAUGGUGUUUUAAUAGACAUUAUCGAGUUGGAUUAUUGUGGGUCCAAGAAAGUUGUAUUAUUUAGGUGUGAUUGGGUGGAUGUAAGAACUCAGGGCAGGGGAAUCAAGAAGGAUGAAUUUGGGUUCACGCUCGUGAAUUUCAAACAAUUAUGGCAUACUGGUCGGAACCUGUAUGAUGAACCAUAUGUCUUAGCAACCCAAGUACAACAGGAAAUGAAGAUGUCGACCUCCGACCAUCAUCAUUCGAGCUUUAUUGACCCGGUCCUGACCACCAACCAGGUUGGACAGAGUUCAGAUAGUUCAGCAUCGACUCUGGAGGGUGGUAUUCAUAAUAGACGAUUUCAAGGCCCUACAGUCAUCAGCGAGGUGGCGAACUUGCCACCCAAUAAGCAACUGAAUAUCAGUUGGAAUAAGUACGGGCAGCCCAUUGGACAUAAGUACAAUGAAUUUACAAGGUGGCUGGGCAUUUUAUCUAGGAAUGGGCGCUUAGCGCCUCUUGAUCACGAUAGUUGGCAUCAUGUGCCACUAUCUCACAAGAAUGAGAUUUGGAAUGAAGUGAAGGUAAUAUGA